AUGAGAAGGAAGCUUCUGAAGGUUCGUUACAAGGCGCAUGAAUGGUGUGUGUCUUCUGGUAGCGAGCUACAGACGAAGAUUUGCAUCGUUCUGUGGUCUGUUUGGUGCGUUGAAUGCCACUUCGGAAGUGGGAUGCUUCCAUUGCUAUUGACACCACAGAAAUACCGUGAGGAUAACGAAAAUGAUGAGGAUGAGCGAUCUAUUUAA